CACAUCUCUCUCUCUCUCUCUCUCUCUUUCUCUUUCUCCAACCAUGUUGUCAAUCCCUGCCACGACGCUGUUCCGCACGUUUCUGCUAGUCGCGGCUGCGUUGCCUUUAGCGCGGGCAGAAGAUGUGACCCUGUUUCGGCCGCAAGCCCCAGAACCGACGGUGUUUCCCUAUACGACGCCUUUGAUCGAGUGGGUGGGGAUAAGUCCAGCCGGGGUAGACGAAGAAGGAUACACGCACUAUGUCGCCUCGCAGGUGUAUUCAGUGGAUGUUAUUGGAGAAGAGCAUACGACGAAAACUGUCAAGAAUGCGUUUGGACGACCGCAGUCUUACACAAUCACUUUCAAGGCGGACGCAACCCGGGAUGCCAUUACCAUCUCCACUGACAACCAGUUCCAGACUGGAGCCACGGUCGGCGAGUGCUUGCACCACCCCGAGAACGGCACAGUUGUCUGUUCUCAAACCACUUUCGGCCGUCCACCUGGCGCAAAGGAGGACGAAAUCACGACAUAUCAUGAGACGACGUAUACCGCGACGAGAGAACCGUACUUUACGAUUUCGAAUGUGGAGACGUACGCCAUUCCGACGAUCACCGCUGGGCAACUGGAAGAGGAGGAUGAUGCGAGGAACGACAAGUCUGGUGCGAAGGCAGUUGCAGUUGGGAGUGUUGGAGGAGCUUGGGGGGUGUCCGUGCUAGCGAGUUUGGCUGUGUCGCUUCUGGUUUGGUUUCGAGAACUGUAAUUGGCAUAUCUAGGUUUGAUUCCCC